AUGGUGGGCGGGCUCCGAGCCCAGCUCCACUGGCCCCGGCCGCAGGGCUCGCCCCUCCGCCCUCAAACGACCCUCUCCGCUGCCAUGAGAUGCCGACAGCCUGUGCGCUGGCCGCCACCGCCCGCUCCAUCAGGUGCUGGAAUCUGAGUAAAAGCCUGGGCGCGAGCUCCCAGCCCCGGGGCCUGCCACGGGCUCCACGAAGCGGGCAGCUCCAGCGGCCGCCGGGAGAAGGAAGGGCGACCGGGGGAGACGGGUCGCAGGGACAGCACGUGGCGGAAAGUUAGCCCCGGACUAGCACGCUCCACCCGGAGAAGCCGGCCUGGAAGGGUCUGCGGACCACCAGGCGGAGCGGUGGGCGACCGAAGUGCGGCUGGACUGGCCUCCUCGUCUCCGCACUGGAAGAAUUGCCCUUCCGCAAGUCUUCCCUUCCCACAUGGGGGCCCUCCAGGCCGCACCUCGGUCGCCCACCGCUUCCCUUGAGAAGGGAGACUAAAGACAGGCAUCUGGAAGCUGUCACUGUGGCGCGCGGGCAGACAGGGGAUCCCAUUGGAGAGGAAGAACCGUAGUAGUCGCUGCUGCCUUCGGCCGACCCAACGGCCGCCUGCUUGGGAGGAAGAAAAAGAACGCCCCAGCUGAAGAAUUAAGGCAGCCAUUGGUGGCUCUAGGGAAUAAAUUCCUGGAAAUGGAACUGGUGGAUGUCACAGGAAUUUGAGACAAAUCUUCAUUUUUUGGCUCCUUCCCCGGUUAUAAGAUGAGCAGUACAAUAGCGGAUGGACUGGAGUUGGAAAAGACUAAAGCAGCAAGUUUGAUAAGGAGGCUACGGCAAUAGUCCAGGUGAAAGAUGCAAGAGCCCAAAAUGCGGCAGUGGCCAAGGGAAUGGAUCUGAGAUAAAGUUCAGAAGAUAGAGUUGGCAGGGCAGGUGAGGAGAAGAGAAGAAGCCCACAUGAAGAUGGAGCAAGAGAUUGGAGUGAUGUGGCCACAAGCCAAGGAAGCUGAGGAAUGAAGACAGCUAUCAGAAGCUGGAAGAGGAAACGGAUUCUCUCUUGGGGCCUCCAGAAGGAGAACAGCCCUGCCAGCACUUCCAUUUCCAAUGUCUGGACUCUAGAACUGUGAGAAAAUAAAUUCCCAUUAUUUUAAGGAACACAGUUUGUGAUACUGCAUUACAGCAGCUCCAUGAAACAAAUACAUUUUGUUAUUCCAAGUCCUCUUCACAACAAAUUCUUUGCUAGUGGUGAACCAAACACAGUCCCACCAUCAUGAGCCCCUGUUCUGGAUGAGGGGGCAACACAGUUCAGACACUGGUCAUCUCUAUUUAAUGUCUAAUGGGCAUCUCAAACCUAACUUUCUCCCAGUGGAAAUGCCUGGAGGUACGUGGAGAUGGAAAGCUGACCUAGCCAAGGAGUUCAGCAAAGAUCCCUGGGAGGAGGUGACAUCUGGACAUCUGCACAGAAUAAUGAGGCUGGGCUAAGGCAGUGACUGAGGGAUGCACUCUUUUUUGGUUUUGCUUUUCUUUUCUUUUGUGUAGGAAGGAAAGAAUAGCCAGGAGAGAUAGGGGAGAAAGAGGAUAAAGAUAGACAGGAAAGAGGUAACACAAGAAGUCAGGACCUGCGCUUGAGGGGCAGAAGUCAAGUCGGGCUAAGGUGAGAAGGCAGAACAGGGUUCAGGGUCUUUGAAGUGAAACAAGUACAGAGCUGGAACUAAGUGAUGCUGACUCCAGACUAAAACCCUCUGGGUUUGAAUCCUGCCUCUGCCACUUAUUUAUUCAUUACAAAAUAGUGAGAAAUUACAUUAUCUGGAUCUUGGUCUCCUCAACUAUAAAAUAAAAAUAAUAAUAGCUCCUAUCUCAUAGGAUGCUAUUAGGAGUACUAAGUAUAUUAACACCUGUAAAGCACUUGGCUCAGUGUCUGGCACUGCAUAUGCAAUAAAUGUCAUUAUUACUAUUAACAUUAUUAGAGAAGCAGCAAAUUUAAAAUCAGAAUGUGAGCACUGGAAAGGACUUCAGAAUCAACUAAUCUAAUUCCCCCAUUGUACAAAUGAACAGACUGAGGCCCAGAGAGGUUUGAAAUUGGCCAAAUUUAAGGAGAUACGAACAGAGCCGAGAUGACACAAAUUGCUUGAAAGUCUGUGCUUUUUCUAGGUGAACUAUACAUAUAUAUUUGGGAAUCAUAAGAAUAUAAGCAGCGAUUGAAUCUGAGGAAAUAGAGUUACUCAGGAAGAAAACAAGAAUUAGUACAGAAUGCUGAAAGAAGAAUGAAAAUAGAUUUGAAGUCAACUUGAUUCAAAUAUCCCAAUGUAAUGGUAUUAGGAAGUGGUGUCUUUUUGAGGUAAUUGGGUCAUGAGGGUGGAGUCCUCAUGAGUGGGAUUAGGGCCCUUAUAAGGGGCUGAAGAGACCAGAGUUUUCCCUUCCACCAACUGAAGACUCAUAUAGAAGGUACUAUUUAUGAGCCAGCGGGGUAGGUCCUUAGCAGACACCAAAUCUGCUGCAACCUUGAUCUUGGACUUCCCUGUCUCCAGAAAUGUGAGAAACAAAUUUCUAUUGUUUAAAAGACACCCAGUUUAUAGUAUUUUGUUAUAGCAGCCUGAAUGGGCUAAGACACCAUUAAACUUUGAAACUUGGUUUUUCCACAUGUAAAAUCAGGACACACAUAGAAAAACUGCUGAUGCCUUUAAAAAAUUUUAAACCCAUAUGUUCUAAAGUUGGUAACAGACGAAGACUUUCCACAAGAGGGAGGAAAGUCUUUUACUCCAGACCUUAAAAUUAACCUUAUUCUUGGGGUAUAAGGUUACUCAACACUAAUGUCUGCUGGAGCCACAAUCAGCAAACUGGCUUUAGGGGUACAAAGCAUGGAUUUUACAGUUUCUCUCAUUGCCAUAGUAUGGUUGAGACAGCUUAUAAUAUUUAUGCAAGAUACUACUAAAGAUGGACCCCUCAUGUUGGAGCUGGACAUAGGACUUUUUUCUUCUUUUUCUAGAUUUCUUCCAUAGAUACAUUCAUCUAAUCCCAUAGCUUUAAAAUACCAGCUCAAGGCCAAAGACUCAAAUUUAUACCUCUAGCUCUGACCUACUCCUAAGCUCCAGACUUAUAUGUCCAAUUGCUUGCUCUAGAUUAUUACUUAGAUAUCUAAUGGUCAUUCAAAUAUAACAUUUCCAAAAUGGGAUGCUUGACUUCCUGCUCCCAAACCAGUUCUUCCUGCAAUAUUCUCAAUCUUGGUAAACUUAUAUCCAAUUGAUAUAGUUUGGAUAUCUGUACCCGCCCAAAUCUCAGGUUGAAUUGUAAUCCCCAGUGCUGGAGGUGGGGGCCGGUGGGAGGUGAUUGGAUCACGGGAUGGAUCUUUCAUGGCUUGGUGCUGUCUUCGUGAUAGUGAGUAAGUUCUCGCGAGAUCUGGUCAUUUAAAGGUUGUGUGGACCCCCCUCACCCUCCCUCUCUCUUGCUCCUGCUUUUGCCACUUGAGGUGCCUGCUCCCCUUUAGCCUUCCACCAUGAUAGGAAGCUUCCUGGGGCCUCCCUAGAAGCCAAGCAGAUGCCAGCACCAUGCUUCCUGUAAAGCCUACAGAACUGUGAGCCAAUUAAACUUCUUUUUCUUAUAAAUUAUCCAGUUUCAGGUAUUUCUUUAUAGCAAUGUAAGAACAGCCUAAGAAAUCAAUCCAUCAGCAAACUCUCUUAGUUCUACCUCUGGAACAUUUUGCGAAUCUCAAUCCUUCUCCACAUCUGAUGCCUUAAUAUUCCAAGCCACUGCCAUCUCUUACCUCCCCUUCUGUGGUAGUUUCUCAGCUGGAUUUUCUGUUCCUACUUUAAUAUCCCCUACAAUCUACUCUCCACACAGCAGCCAGAUGGUCUGUUUACUAUAUAAAUUAUGUGUCACUCUCUUGGUUAUAAACUUCUAAUGGUUUCCCAUCACACUUAGAUUGAAACUCUAACCCCGUUAGGCCCUGCAAGACCCAGAUCCUGCUUACUGUCUGACCUCACCCCACACUUCCCUUGCUCAUCAUGCUCCAGAUUCGAGGCUGGAUUGCUUUCUGUUCCUCAAACACACCAAGCUCCUUUCUUUUUCUAUCUGUCUAUCUAUCUAUCUAUCUAUCUAUCUAUCUAUCUAUCUAUCUACCUAAUCUAUCUAUCUUUAUCACAAGAAUCAGAGGUGAAACCAUGCUCAUUUCUGAUGUAACCUCAGCAGUUCCCUCUGUCUGGAAGGCUCAUUCCAUCCUGUUCCCUCCUCCCCAUCUUCACUUGGCUGCAUUCUUCUCAUCAUUGUGGUCUCUGCUUAUUUUUAUGUUCUAACAAAGGCCUUCCCUGCCUGUCCUUGCUAGAAUAGCUCUCUAGUCAGCCUCUAUCAUAUCAGCUGGCUUUUGCAUCUGAGCAUUUAUUGCUACUGAUAUUUCCUUGUUUAUUUUCUGUCUAUUGUCUGUUUCUUUCUUACUAGAAUGUAAUUUCUGAGAGCAGUGAUUUUAUCUGUUUGGUUUACCACUGUGUUCCCAGCCUCAGAAAAGUGCAUAUACCUGGUGGGCCCUCAAUUAAUAUUUGAUGAAUAAAUAAAUAAAGGUUCAAAUAGGAGAAGGGAAGUAAAUGCAGGAAGCAUCAUAUCAUUAGAUUGGCACAUAAAUUAGAAUCCCCAACUUCAGCUUGUAGUUCAGCAUGAAAAUGCAUUUCCCUUGCUAGUCAGAAUGUCUAGACUUGUGGAAAUCCAAACCUGAACAAAGGACAGUGAGGACAGAGGGUUGGCAAGCCCCCUGGUUUUCUCUCCUGCAUUUCUACAUUCUACCUUUGCUACGGUUUCACCUGGUGUGUUAGUCCAUUUUGCGUUGUUAUAAAGGAAUACCUGAGACUGGGUAAUUUAUAAAGAAAAGAGGUUUAUUAGGCUCAUGGUUCUGCAGGCUGUACAAGACACAUGGUGCCAGCAUCUGCUCAGCUUCUGGUGAGGCCUCAGGAGCCUUUACUCAUGGCAGAAGGCAAAGGGAGCCAGUGUGUCACACUGGUGAGAAAGGAAGCAAGAGAGAGGGAAGGUGAUGCCAGGCUCUUUUUAACAGUCAGUUCUGGUGUGAACCAAUAAGCAAGAACUUUCUCAUUACCAUGAGAAAGGCAGCAAGCCAUUCAUUACGAAUCUACCCCUAUGACACACACACCUCCCAGAGGCCCCACCUCCAACACUGGGGAUCGAAUUUCAACGUUAGACUUCGAGCGGACAAACAUCCAAACUAUAUCAACUGGGGAUCUACCCACUGACCCGGAUGAUCAACAUUGGGCAGUUCCACCUUCCUGAGUGGUGAUAUCACUCCACAUCCACAGUAGAGGUUUGGACGGAAGGCAAAGAAUAAGCUCAUCAGAACAUCCUACAAGAAAUACAGACUUAUUAAUAGCAAGGAGAGCUGCUUUCUGCAAGAUAAUUGAGUUAGUUUGUUCAGGCUGUUUUAACAUGAUACCAUAGACUUGGUGGCUUAAACAACAAACAUUUAUCCCUCAUAGUUCUGGAGGCUGAGAAGUACAAAAUCAAGAUGUUGGCAGAUUUGGUGUCUAGGGAAGGCCCACUUCUUGGCUCAUAGACAGCUGUCUUGUCACUGUGCCUUCACAUGGCAGAAAGGGGUGGGGGAACUCUGUGGGUUCUCUUUUAUAAGGGUACAAAGCCUAUUCAUAAGGGCUCCACCUUCAUAAGCUAAUUACUUCCCAAAGGCCCCAUCCCCUGAUACCAUCACAUUGGGGGUUAGGAUGUACAACAUGUGAAUUUAGAGGAUCACAAACAUUUCAUCCAUAACAGUAAUGAUCUCUGUUCUACACACUUCCCAUACUUGUUCUGAUGAUCUGAUAAAGAAGUGUGGUCUGGAACAUGACCCACAUGUGUAAAUCACUACGUUAUUACACUAUUUGCUCCUCAUCACUAUGUGUUGAUGAGAAGCAGAGCAAAUACUCCUGGCAGAAUGCCAUCAGUGUUCCUCAUACCACAGUACUAAGGACUUAGACAAUUUUUGUUGUCCUCUCCAUCCUAGAUAACUCUGUAUCCCUGUUUAAGACUCAUUCAACACCUGGUCUCACCAUUCUAUGGUAUCAUCAUCUUUAAUAUGCCUCUCCCCUCCACCAUGCUUCAUUCAUGUGGUCACACUCUGAACCUUGUCAUCACUCCCAAACUAUUCCACUUUGGAAACCUCAAGCCUCAAGACCUGGGAAUAACUGAUGUUCUGCUCACAAUGUCCUAACCCUCUAGCUCUCAUAUUCACUUACUCCCCUUGUGCCUGCUUUUCAACCCCACCAAGACUUCCUCAAACCUUUUCUCCCUAUCUCUUAGGCCCCUUCUGAGCAGACUUCCUUCACUAUUCAUCCAUACCACUUCCUUCUUCCAAAAUCUUAAUUUUCAUGCCCCCACCUGCCAACCCUGAACCCUGGAACAGUCUAGCGCCUGCCUUUCCUGUUUCUAAACACCCGGGGUACUGUGCCCUCAUGGAGAAAAUAACAGAGUGGUUUGAUCUGGUAACACCAUAAACUUUCAAAAUAAGUUGGUUCCUUUGGCCAAAUGGCAAUCCUAUAUGCUUCUCCCAAUUGCCCUAACUGAUACAUGAACUUUAUUCAUGCUUCUUUCUCUCUCGUACAUAUUCAUACUCAGUGAAUGGCAUCCUUUUCUAUACCAUGAGGAAAAUGGAGAUCUUCAUGCAUAAAACCUCUCAGCUUUCUGCUCCCCAUGUGCAAAUAAAGUGAAUGUAUAUCUACAGCUAUGGCCAAGAUGAACUGCUGUUAACCAGAAUCUAUUCCUCCCUUCCUCCUGGACACACAGCUCCGCUACAUUUCUCACCCUCCCUUGCAGUUAGGUGUAUCAUGUGAUGAAAUUUUUUGCCACUGGAAUUUGAGCAUUAGUAUUGUCUACCACUUCCAUGCCUGGUCUAUAAAAAUGUCUCACGUGCACAUCACCGUGAUCUUUCCCCUUCUGGCAAGCUGUUUGAUGAUAUGAAAACCAUGUGUUAAAGAUGGCAGAGCUGCCAUCAGCUUUGUUCCUUAAAUAACUGCAUGGGAAGUAGCUGCCUGCCUGUCUUUAAAAACUGCCCUAAAAAUGAUGUAAGUGAGAAAUAAACUUUAUUUUUGAGUCAUUACGAGUUAAGGUUUAUUUUUAUAGCAGGUUAGCCUAUGCUAAUGAAUACAAUAGCCAUUUUUCCUCUCUCAAUUCUUAAUGGAAAAAAUGGCUCUCCUCUCUCCUGUCCCAGGGAAUCCCUCUACCUGAACUCUGGACUCCAACCCCACCCCAAGCCCUGUUUCAUCAAUUAUUUACUCUCUCCUCUAGGUCUCAACUUAUCCUCUCCUGGCUCUUUUCCCUCAGCACACAGACAUGCUCAUACCUCUUCUAACAACUAUACAAAACAAAUCUUACAUUACAUGAUCUGAUAUUCUCCUUGUCUAGAAUUCUCUUUUCUCCUUCCUUUCAUGCUCAAGGCUUUUUUCAUCCCACUCUCUACCCCACUCACUCUAUGACCUGGUCUCUGUCCCUACCACUGUUGUGAAACUGCUCCAGAUUGGGCCCCAGUGACCUAACAGGCUAUGGUCAUAUUUCACGUCUUAUCUAACUUGGCAUCUUGGCAUAGAAAGCUGUUCCUCCUCCUUCCUUGGUGCUCCUCUUCCCCUCCAGCUGCUCCUUCUAAGUCUCCUUGACAGGUUUCUUUUCCUCUCUCUUUGGUAAAUGUGGAUUCACCCUCUACCCUCAUUUCUUCCCACUGCCUAUAUAUCUCUUUCUAAACAAUUUUGUUAUUGCCUGUGGUUUAAAUGACCAUUAUUUAUAGAUGCUAAUGCCACACAUCCUUGAGCCUCGAACCUAUAUUACCAACUGCCUCCUAGAUAUUUCUAUCUUUAUGGCCCAUAGGCACCUCAAACUUAAUAUGUCCAAGCUGAAUUGAUCAUCUUUCCCAUUUCCAACAACGACUGCUUUUAUAUUUUCUACUGAGGCGGAUGGUAACAAUUGUCCAUGGGUAACAGUCAUCCACUAACCCUCUGAGCUGACUUCCUUCACUAUCCAUUCAUACCACUACACUUUUCCACAAGCUUAAUUUGUAUGCCCUAACCUGCCAACCCUCAACCUGGAACAGUUCAGUGCCUGCCUUCCCUGUUUCUAACCCCCCAGGGUAUACUGUUCCCUAACGGAGAAAAACACACAGUGGUUGGUCGGGUGGCACUAUAUCCAGGCACUCAAGCUAGACACAUGGGAGUAAGCCAACCUGGUCUCUCAUCCUCAGACUACUCUGGCUCCAAAUCCUAUUACAUGUAUCUACUGAACACUUCUCCAAUACAUCUGUUCAUCUCCCUUUCUUGGCCACUGCUGAGCUCAGACCUUUUUCAUCACUUUCUUAGAUCAUCUCAGUAACUUCUGGACUAUUCUUCCUGUGGGCAGCCUCACCUUCCUCCUACAGCCUAAAGACUUGAUAUUGUCUCUUUCUUUGUUGAUAUUCAUUUAUGGGAUUUUUUUUCUUUAGUGUCUUUUUCAAACUAAAAAGUAAUAUAUUCUCAUUAUAAAAUAGUUUAUAAGGCUAUUUAAAAAAAUUAAAGCCACCCCGUAUCCAGUCCUUAAAUUUUACCCCCAAAUACAUAUACACAUAGUUUUUUUCUAAAAAUAGGAUCUUAUUACACAUGCCAUAUUUCUCUAUGCCGUAUUCUAUUUUAGGAGGAACUUUUUUCAUAUUUUAACAUCUCUAAAAUCACAAUGUGUCAUACAAUCAAUGGUUCUUAGGUUUGGUUACAUACAACAUUGUUCUACAAUGUACUCUUUUUACUUAUUAAUAUUGGUCAUGAUUCCAAACCAACACUUACUUCCAGAAGAUCUUUCUAAAGUACAAAUCUGGUCAGGUUGCUACCCUUGGGAAAAUUCUUCCAAGCCGCCCCUGCCCCCAAAGCCCUUCAUCUUCUGAUUCCCAUCUACUUUUUGCCUUUCCAGCACAUCCACACACAUCGUCUUCCUUAAAGCCAAACAGGCCAAGCAGAUCUAUUGGCAGUUCAUUCCCCAAAUAGCGAUGCUAAGCCAGAUCUUUGCCUUCGCACCAAUGUUUUUUCUGCCUUAAAGCCUAUUCUCACCUUUUUACUCAAAGUUAGCUCUUUUCUUUUCUUUCUUUCUUUUUUUUUUUUUUUUUUUUUUUUUUUUUUUUUUUUGAGACGGAGUUUCGCUCUGUCGCCCAGGCUGGAGUGCACUGGCGCGAUCUCGGCUCACUGCAAGCUCCGCCUCCCGGGUUCACGCCAUUCUCCUGCCUCAGCCUCCCGAGUAGCUGGGACUACAGGCGCACGCCACCACGCCCGGCUAAUUUUUUUGUAUUUUUAGUAGAGAUGGGGUUUCACCAUGUUAGCCAGAAUGGUCUCGAUCUCCUGACCUCGUGAUCCGCCCGCCUCAGCCUCCCAAAGUGCUGGGAUUACAGCCCGUGAGACACCGCACCCAGCCCCAAAGAUAGCUCUUACUGGAAAAUUGUCCUGAUCCCCCAAGCUGAGCCUGAGUUCUUCCUUUAUGCACCUCCCCUCAACUUCACCAGUAUGUGGUGCAUGUCUCUGUUAAAUCACUUAGCACUCAGGUUCAUGCCAUUUCUCUUGUUGCUCCUUACUAAAUAGAGAGAAAUAGUGAGUUCUCAAGUACACUUUCUUCUUUAUACCCAUUUCCAACAGUGUCAGGGUAAUGUAGGAGCUUCAUAAAUAUUUUUGGAAAUAAUGAACUGUAUAUGUGGGAGGCAGGAAAAUGCUCCCUGAGAUAAUGUAAAGAGCUUUCUAAUUAACCACCUCUUUAUCCUGGGACAAGAGAGAGAGAGAGGAGAAGGUCUGGACACCAAAGUACCUGGGAAUCCAGAAAUCUAAAGCAAUCAGAUUUUUUUUUUCUUCUUGUUGGCUCCAAUCCUAUUAAUUCCACCCUCAACUAAAAAUGAUCUGAUUUCAACAAACAGAUGCUUUAUAAUCUCCCCUCACCUGGCCCUCCACUUUCUUUCACUCUAGUCUUUUUAUUUCCUUUGAGUCGAAACCUCAGUCCAUAUUAUGGCUCUCUUUUGCAGUCAGCCCCUUAUUUUGUAAGCAGAUGUUUUAAAAAGUAGCAAAGAGGGAUUCUUUCCACUUGCCAUUCUAAAAUGCCCACUUGAGUCUUUCAUUUGGUGUUCCUCCUGCCUUAGGUAUGGACUCACCUUACUCAGUCCCAACAAGACUCUAUACCAGCGAAUAAAUUCAAAAGAAAGCUGAAAUUUAAUACAAAACUUUAAUUUUAAAAACUAUCCUAAAGGCUUGAUGUUAUGUAGAGACAUCAGUGAAAACCACUAUCCCUCUCUCAACCCAGUAUUGGGUUUGGAUCCUAGAAAAUGCCAAAAAUAGACAAAAAUGUUUCCAGUUCUUUUUUUCUGACCUAGAUAAUGUAAAACCAAAGAUUCAUUCCUGGAAAAGUGCUAGGGUAUUUUUGGGGAUUUAAAAUCAAGCUCAGUUAGUGUGGUCUAUAGGGCAGUCACUAAGAUUGGUCCAAGCUAAAACAUGUCUUUGUCAACAAUUGUAGGGCCAACACACAUACUUUCAAUACUCUUUCUUGGCGAGAAGUAUAGGAACUAUGAAUAAUCAGAAAUAGAAGAGCAAAAGGAAAAGUGAAAAGAUGAGAAGAGUCCAUGAGAAAAGAGAGGCAAAUUACAGGGAAGGAGAAAAUCGAGGUUUUUGAAUGGGAAAUACAGUGGACAUGAGAGGAUCUGAGAAACAGACAUAUUUCCUGUCAGUAGAGGCCGAAGGUAAACAAGGAUGUCGUGUAACAGAAAGAAAUGGGAAGGCCAAGUUAAAGAAAAGAAUGAGAGAAGGCUUGGAACUAAAACAGGUAAAGAGAUAAUGACAGUGAAAACUAUCUCAGGCAUGUCAACAGGACUGAUAAGGAACAGUGAGGGACAUCCAGGAUCUCACAUCAAAGACAGAAGGGUCAACAUGUGGAGAGAGAAAAAGGAAGAGGGAUCCCAGCUGUUAGGGGGAAAAGGUGCUGUUAAAGACAGCUCUAGUCUGCAUUUUGAACCUUACAUUCUGAAAGGAAGCACUUCACCAAGCCAAUACAAAACACUGUACAAAUCUCUGCUGUUCACAAAUUUUAGAGUAAAUAAAAGCAAACUAAUGCUACGCAUCAAAUGCCUUAACUGGCGAGACAUAAUUCCUAGUUCAUUUUAGCCGCCGGGGGCAAGAAGCUAUCAAAGUGAUUUUUUUUUCCAGCACCUUAAUGUGAGACAAGUAUGAAGGAAAGACAAAUAUGAAGGAAAAAGGCCCAAACCAAUAUUGCCCAGUAGUAAUUUUCAGAGUGAUUUCUCUUUUCGGUAUAGACUUGGAUGUAUUUGGACCCCUUGGAGGGGGCGCCGGAGAAGCGGCCCAGAAAGUUUUUCUAUAUUAAGAAAAAUUUAGUUUGGAUGCAAAGUGAGUUUUGCGGACCUCAAUACAGCCUCAAGAAAUCUGAAGUACUCCUCUACAGCGUUAAUAAAGAAAGAUAACUCAGAUUGCCUGUUAACUUGCAGCUUCUCCUCCUCCCCCAUCGGCUUCAGCCUGAACUCAUCAAAGCACCGGAGGACAGGAACGGACCUUCUAUCGCUUUUGUUUCCUGCGUGGCGGAGACUUAGAGGAACGGCCGGUCGCCUACCUGCCUUCCACUUCCCCGGCCGCAGGGCCGUUCGCUGCCGGCUCGGUUCGCCGCCAACCUCACCUACCGGCUGGCUCUCCGGCCUGACUCUUCUGGGAUGGGUGGCAGGGGGUAGGGGAGACCUCAGGGGGCGGAGGGACACGAGGAGGCGGGCCUGACCCUUCCCCCAGAGCCAGGGAGGAGGUGCCGCCAGGGCGCAGGUGAAACCGACUCGGCCCUAUCCCGGGAACUUUCGCUGUGAGGACUCGUUGCGAGAGGCUAGAGUCGCGCAGGGGCGGCCUCGGAGCCGCCCUCUCUCACGCAGACUGCCGCGGGGACUCAGCCUUGGGGCCACCCGCAGGGGACCCACGGCCCUCCUGGCGCGCUCACGGGCUGCGGGCAGCGCUGGCCUCCGCGGCUGAUGGGGGCGGCUAGUGCCGCCCCGGGCGCAGGUGACACUCGCCCCGCCAGGGUUUCCUCUGGCUGGGGAGAGCCCCGGGAGGGCGAGACUCAGACACCUCGGGGGCGGAGGACAAAGCAGCGAUGGCCCGAGAGCUAAGCCAGGAGGCACUACUGGACUUUCUGUGCCAGGCUGGGGGCCGCGUGACCAACGCUGCCUUGCUGAGCCACUUCAAGAGCUUUCUCCGAGACCCCGACGCGUCCCCCAGCCAGCACCAGCACCGCCGCGAGCUCUUCAAGGGCUUCGUCAACUCGGUCGCCGCAGUGCGCCAGGACCCCGACGGCACCAAGUACGUGGUGCUCAAGAGGAGGUACAGGGACCUUUUGGGGGAGGAGGGGCUGCAGCGACCCCGCGAGCCGCCCGCGGCCGCCCCCAGUGCAGGGGGAGCUGCGCCCUGCUCCCCGGGAGGCGCGCGCCGGGGGGAGCCGCCCCAGCAGCAGCCCAGGCGGCGGCGGCGCGAGAAGGAGCCGGAGGAGGAGCCAGCAGGUGCAGCAGCCAGAGCCGCCGACGCAGCUUGCAAUGGACUCCCGGCCAGCGGCUCCCGUAGGGCGCCCGGGAAGGGCGGCGGAUCGAAGGGCAGUCCCGGACAGAGGCCGCCGGUGCCCGCAGCUGCAGCGGCAGGGGCCCAGGCGAGAGCGAGGUGCGCGGCGGCGAAGACGCAGGGCCGCUGCUGCUGGGAAUGCCUCCAGAACAACCUGGCUGUACUGCCGGGAGAGCUCGGCGCACUCCCGCACUCGGCCACCGCGGAGGAGAAGCCGGCACGGGCUCUGCCUGCCCAGGAUGACCGCGGGGCUUCCAGCGAGCGGGAAGAAGGCGCGCUAGCUGAGCCGGCGCCUGUGCCUGCAGUGGCUCACUCGCCUCCCGCCACCGUCGAGGCUGCGACGAGCAGGGCUUCCCUGCCUGCUCUCCUGCCCGGCCCCGCUCCCCGCGGAGACCGGCCGGAGCUGCUGACCCCCAGCUCCCUGCAUUAUUCGACCCUGCAGCAGCAGCAGCAGCGCACUCGAGAGUGGGUGGCCAGGCACCCGCAGGUGCCCGAGGCCCGUGAUCAGGGCCCUAUCCGCGCCUGGUCGGUGCUGCCAGACAACUUCCUCCAGCUGCCCUUGGAACCCGGCUCCACGGAGCCUAAUUCAGAGCCUCCAGACCCCCGUCUUUCCUCGCACUCUCUCUUUCCUGUUGUUCCGGAUGAGUCCUGGGAAUCCUGGGAGGGGAACCCUUCAUUGACUGUCUUUCGCAGCAUUCGUUGUCAGCUGUCCCUCCAAGAUCUGGAUGACUUUGUGGACCAGGAGAGUGAUGGCAGUGAGGAGAGCAGCAGUGGGCCCAAAGACUCCCCGGGGGCUUCUGAAGAGGGGCUGCAGGUUGUCUUGGGAACCCCAGAUAGGGGGAAGCUCAGGAAUCCAGCUGGGGGCCUUUCUGUAUCUCGGAAGGAGGGCAGCCCCAGCCGGAGCCCUCAGGGUCUCAGAAACAGAGGGGAUGGUCACAUCUCUCAGCACGUCCCUGCAGGGGCUAAUGGCCUUGCAGGCCACCCCCUGAAGCCUUUGCCUUGGCCAGUUCCUAAGUUAAGGAGGUCCCUCAGGAGGAGCUCUCUGGCAGGGAGAGCCAAAUUCUCCUCCUCUGAUGAGGAGUACCUUGAUGAGGGCUUGCUGAAAAGAAGUCGGCGCCCACCUCGAUCCAGGAAGCCCUCCAAGGCAGGAACAGCACCCAGCCCAAGGGUUGAUGCAGGUUUAUCACUAAAACUUGCAGAGGUUAAGGCUGUUGUGGCCGAGCGGGGUUGGCGACACAGCCUGUGGGUCCCCAGUGGGGAGGGGUCUGCAGCCUUGGCCCCCCACAGAACUUCUGAGCACAAAUCAUCCCUGGUUCCACUAGAUGCCAGGGAGCAUGAGUGGAUUGUGAAGCUUGCCAGUGGCUCCUGGAUUCAGGUGUGGACUUUGUUCUGGGAGGACCCUCAACUGGCCUUGCACAAAGACUUUUUGACUGGGUACACUGCCUUGCACUGGAUAGCCAAACAUGGUGACCUCAGGGCCCUUCAGGACUUGGUGUCUGGAGCAAAGAAGGCAGGGAUUGUCCUCGAUGUAAACGUGAGGUCCAGUUGUGGAUAUACCCCGCUGCACCUUGCAGCCAUUCACGGCCACCAGGGGGUCAUCAAAUUGCUAGUGCAAAGGUUGGCUUCUCGGGUAAAUGUCAGGGACAGCAGUGGGAAGAAGCCAUGGCAGUAUCUAACCAGUAAUACCUCUGGGGAAAUAUGGCAGCUGUUGGGAGCUCCUCGGGGCAAGCCCAUUUUCCCUGUCUAUCCCUUAGUUGGAAGUUCUUCCCCUACUAGAAAGGCCAAGAGCAAGGAAAUAUCUAGAAGUGUCACCCGAAAAACUUCCUUCGCUGCACUACUCAAAAGUCAGCACAACAAGUGGAAAUUGGCCAACCAGUAUGAGAAAUUCCACAGUCCAAGGGAAAGAGAAGAGUAUAGUGACUGAGGUGGGUCUCUCUGUCCAACAUGCAGGCAGCACUCCCUCACCCGGCUCAGUGAGAGAAUUCAGGGGGAAUAGAAAAGCUGCUGAGAGUUGGUAAAGAGGAUGGUCGAGUGAGAUGGUGUUGACCUCCCUGGAUCUUAUGUCACUACAUCCUGGACCUCAAGAGGGUCAUCCAAGCUUUUUGAAAGCUGAACUCCUUGACUGGAGAAACCUAGACAAGAGGCGGGGCCAGGUGCUUGAUAUCUAGGAGGCAUUCUUCCUCUUCCCUUGCCACCAUGGAGCUGGGCACAGUAAGCCAUAUUGUUUCCUGAAGCAGGAGUCCCAGGCCUUGGCUAGAGAGAGAACAGAUGUCUAACAAAAAGAGAAGCAAUUCGAGGAAUUGAUGAAGCACAUGCAAAAUCCUCUCUGGCUGGUAGCUCUCUGGCUUCUGUUCAUUUGAAGAAUAAAUCUUGGCUGACAGUGGGAAGCACCAGGUUUGAAAUCAGAUGGCUUUAUUUUUCUUUUUUUGGCAUUUAAAUCAGUGAAAUAAAAUUAUUACUGGAGAGCACAGUUCGAUUUAAGAGAUUCCUCAGCCCUGUUCUCAAGUCUUCUUUUGAAUUCCAUGCAUGGUGGUUAAAGGGUAAAAUGAUUAAUGCCUCCUUUGGGUCUUCUCACUGAUCAGAGAAGCAGCUGGGUAAGAUCCAGUUAUGACUUGGACUCCAUUCCUAAGAGGAAUGACUGUCAUUCAGGCCCUGCUUUUUUGUAUCAACCCGAAGGGAACUUUCCAAAUGUAAAAACCACGUGGCUCAUUUGCAUAGUGACUGAAACCAUCUUUCAUGGAAACUCCCUGUGUAACAAACAGAAUUAUCGUUACCAGUUUUCAGAGGUUUGAAUGGCCAACAUUUGUACUCAUAAAAAGAGAGAAAUGAUUUCACUCUGGGGAAACAGUAAGGGUUAAGAGAAUGCAUCCUUACCAGGACUAUCUAAGCUGCUAAAUAUAAUUUUAUUUGCACUAAACUUGUUGCCAAUUAAGAUUAAAUAUUAGCCUUUAAGUACUCUAUAUCUAACAUGAAGUGCUCCUUUUUAAUUGCUUUUGAAGGGACCGAUAACUUGUGAGUUCAUGGAGUGAGAGAAUGGCUAGUCUAUAAACGUCAGUAGAGCAUCAGGAUUUCAGAAUAAGUUCAAAGAGGGCUGAAAUACAUGUUCAAGUAGAAAUUGUUAAUUUUUUAUGGGAAUGUUUUCAUGAGAUGUGACAAUGAUGCUGUAUUUUAAGUCUUUUUGUGUUUCUUCUGGUUAUUUGCCCCCAUUAAAAGAUCAAUAGAUCUUUAUAAUUUA